AUGGUGAUUAAGUGGAUAAGAGAGAAACAAUUGUUUUUGGGGGAGAAGAGAAAUGGUUUAGGCAUCGUUGUCGAGGGCCAACAAUGGUACCAGAAAUGGGUUCUGUGGUUGGUCGACGCGUAUAAUGUUCCAAAACGAAAACUACCAAUGACAUGGCAUGGUGCAGCGUGUAGACACACACGCCCCGGUCCCUCUCAGUUCCUCUAUAUAAACUCUGCAACGUGCACUCGUCUCUCUCACUGCAGAACCACUUUUCUAUCUCCUCUUCUCCUUUCAAAAAGAGUAACUAAAGAAUUCUCAGUUCGAUCAACACCUCUUUCAUUUCGUCUCUAA